CUUAGCCCAGCCCCCCAUACGCCUAACCGGCCUGGCUGGGGCUCAACAGUGGCAGGGAAACGCCGCGCGCCCGUGUCUGGGGAGAAGCUCAUACACUCACUGUGGGGCAUUUCGCCCCCCAAAACCCCACACGCUAACUUUUAUCCUGUCGCGGUUAUUUUUACAAGGAAGUCCACGACGUUUUCCAACACAUCUGCGGUACUUGUGGAAGCUAACGGCGGCUACCGGCUAGGCACAAUAGAUGUUAGCCGAUGAAGGCUAGCCGCAACUAGCUCACUAACAACUCAAACCGGCGAGGAGCGACUGAGUAUCCCCAUGGACACCACGUUGAACCUCCCCUAACUCGUUCCGCUCUGCACGGUCACCACCCCUCCAGUUGGCGGUGGCGUUCUCGACGCCGCCUGACAAGGCUUAUUUUCGGGGUUGAGACACCAGGAUGGUGGCGUUGGUAGCUAACUUCAAGUGAAACCGUCCGACUCAAGUGAGACCAAAUCUGUCUUUUUGUAUUCUUUUCAUGUAAACACCAGAGGGACUACGACAAUAUUCCUUCUGACAUUGGCUGUGGGAUUAUUUUUUUAAUUGGAUUCCGGCCUGCUGGUUCGUGAGCGAAGCAAGCCCCGCCAACCAUCCAGCCGCCCAAACACGCUUCGCCUCCCGAUGCUUUGCCUCCAGUGACACCCACCCGGGGGACCCCCUCCCUCCCACCCCGACAUGCUCAAGUGUAUCCCGCUGUGGCGAUGCAACCGCCACGUCGAGUCGGUGGACAAGCGGCACUGCAACCUGCAGGCGGUCCCCGACGAGGUGUUCCGAUACAGCCGAAGUCUGGAAGAGCUUCUGCUGGAUGCCAACCAACUCAAGGAGCUGCCCAAGCCUUUCUUCCGACUACUGAACCUCCGGAAACUGGGCCUGAGCGACAAUGAAAUCCAGAGACUGCCCCCCGAAGUGGCCAACUUCAUGCAGCUGGUGGAGCUGGACAUAUCCCGAAAUGACAUUCCCGAGAUCCCCGAGAGCAUCAAGUUUUGCCGGUCUUUGGAGAUCGCUGACUUCAGCGGAAACCCCCUCUCCAGAUUGCCGGAUGGUUUCACUCAGCUGCGAGCGCUGGCUCACUUGGCGCUCAACGAGGUGUCGCUGCAGACUCUGCCCGGCGACAUCGGAAAUCUGGCCAACCUGGUGACGCUGGAGCUGAGGGAGAACCUCCUCAAGUGUCUUCCCACGUCGCUGUCCUUCCUGGUGAAACUGGAACAGCUGGACCUGGGCAGUAACGAACUGGAAGUGUUGCCGGACACGCUCGGCGCACUGCCCAACUUGAGGGAGCUUUGGCUCGACCGGAACCAGUUGUCCUCGUUACCACCAGAGCUGGGCAACCUCCGCAGACUUGUGUGUCUGGACGUGUCUGAGAAUCGCCUGGAGGAGCUUCCCUCUGAGCUCAAAGGCCUCCAGGCCCUCACUGACCUGCUUCUCACGCAGAACCUGCUGGAGGUGGUUCCGGAUAGCAUAGGUUGCCUGAAGCAACUGUCCAUCCUCAAGGUGGACCAGAACAGACUGACCCACCUGACUGACUCCAUCGGAGAGUGUGAAAACCUGACAGAGCUGGUUCUGACCGAGAACCUCCUCCAGACGCUUCCUCGCUCGCUGGGCAAGCUGAAGAAGUUGACCAACUUGAAUGUGGACCGCAACCGCCUGGGUGCCGCGCCCAAAGAGUUGGGCGGCUGCGCCAGCCUCAAUGUUCUCUCGCUGCGGGACAACCGUCUGGCCAAGCUGCCGGCUGAGCUCGCCGACGCCACCGAGCUGCACGUGCUGGACGUGGCCGGGAAUAGAUUACAAAACCUGCCUUUUGCCUUGACCAACCUCAAUCUGAAGGCUAUGUGGCUGGCAGAGAACCAGUCGCAGCCAAUGCUCAAGUUCCAAACAGAGGACGACGAGCGCUCGGGGGAGAAAGUGUUGACUUGCUAUUUGCUGCCCCAGCAGCCUUCCCCCAGCCUCGAGAACCUGCUGCAAAACAGUGUGGACGACAGCUGGACGGACAGCAACCUGAACAGAGUGUCGGUCAUUCAGUUCCAGGAAGAGACCAAGGCCGAAGACGAGGACGACGAGGCCGCCGCCGAGCGCAGGGGCCUUCAGCGUCGAGCCACACCUCAUCCCAGCGAACUCAAGGUGAUGAAAAAAGUCAUUGAGGACCGACGCAACGAAGUGUUUGGGUCCAGGCCCGAAGGAGAAGAUCACUCCGGCGACGGACAGGAAAAACGUCUCAGCGGUCUCUCCAAUCAGAGCCACGACUCGCAGGUGUCCGACAGCACGCUGUCGGCCACCUCCCAGGAGGAGAGGCGAGACGCCGCCGUGCCCUCCCAAAGGGAGGACCUUGUGGACGGACACUCUCAUCAUGAGGACGAAGAACUGGAUGACAUGGAGGUGGAGUAUAUUGAGCCCACUGUGCACUUUGCCGAGGAGCCCAUUAUCCGCAGUGACGACGCCGAGGAAGACGGCGAGAGAAGCGACGAGGACGACGACAGGCCGCCCUUCCCGGCCGAGAAGCAGCGGCUCAUCCGGAAGGACACGCCGCACUACAAGAAGCACUUCAAGAUCACCAAGCUGCCCAAACCCGAGACGGUGGUGGCCCUGCUGCAGGGCUUCAACCCCGACGGCCUCGGCUUGGACGAGCGGGACGGGCACGAGGAGGAUGAGGAAGACGAGGGCGUCGGCACCCCUCGCUUAACUCGCAGGAUGGAGACGUCGGAGCUGCAAGAUAGCCGAUAUCAUGUCAACUCCAGUCAAGUCAAGGGGGUGUCAUUUGAUCAAGUCAAUAAUCUGCUGAUUGAACCUGCUCGAAUUGAGGAGGAAGAGUACACCUUAACCAUCCAACGGCAAACGGGCGGCCUCGGCAUCAGCAUCGCCGGCGGGAAAGGCUCCACGCCAUACAAGGGGGACGACGAGGGGAUCUUCAUCUCCAGAGUUUCGGAGGAAGGUCCUGCGGCCAGAGCAGGAGUCAAAGUGGGAGACAAGUUGCUAGAGGUGAACGGUGUGGACCUGCACGAGGCCGAGCACCAUACUGCCGUGGAGGCCCUGCGUAACUCUGGCGCCGCCGUCUCCAUGACUGUGCUUCGUGAGCGCAUGGUGGAGCCGGAGAACGCCAUCACCACCACGCCGCUCCGGCCCGAGGACGACUAUUUCCCGCGGGAGAGGCGCAGUGGCAGCGGGCUGGGUGAAGGUGGCCACGGACAGGGGGCCGGGUACGGACCCCUGCAGCGCCUCUCCGCCUGCCUGGUACGCAACGACAGGGGGCUGGGCUUCAGCAUCGCCGGCGGGAAGGGCUCCACGCCGUACCGCACUGGAGACAUGGGGAUCUACAUUUCUCGCAUUGCGGAGGGUGGAGCAGCCCACCGAGACAGCACGCUACGGAUAGGCGACAGAGUCAUCUCUAUCAAUGGUGUAGACAUGACAGAGGCCAGACAUGACCAGGCAGUAGCGCUCCUUACCGGCACCUCACCCACUAUCGCCCUCCUGGUGGAGCGAGACCCCAACGCGCCGCGCUCUCCGGGCCUGUCCCGGCAGCGGCCCCACUCCCCGCCGCCCCCAGAGCCCUCUGACUCUCCAGACCAGGAGGAAGACGGCAUGCAGGGGAACCACCUAGGCCGCGUGGAGGAUGAGUACCCCAUUGAGGAAGUGACGCUGGUCAAGUCAGGCGGUCCCCUCGGCCUGAGCAUCGUCGGGGGCAGCGACCACGCCAGCCACCCCUUCGGCAUCAACGAACCCGGCGUGUUCAUCUCAAAGGUGAUCCCCCAUGGCUUGGCGUGCCAAAGCGGCUUGCGCGUGGGCGACCGCAUCCUGGAGGUGAACGCCAUCGACCUGCGCCACGCCACCCACCAGGAGGCCGUGCGGGCGCUGCUGUCCAACAAGCAGGAGAUCCGCAUGGUGGUGCGCAGAGAUCCCUCGCCGCCAGGGAUGCAGGAAGUUGUCAUCCAUAAGCAGCCGGGGGAGAAACUGGGGAUCAGUAUCCGCGGAGGAGCUAAAGGCCAUGCGGGAAAUCCUUUUGACUCCACUGAUGAGGGCAUCUUCAUAUCCAAGGUGAGCUCCAGCGGCGCAGCCGCCCGGGACAGCCGGCUGCAGGUGGGCAUGCGCAUCCUGGAGGUGAACAACCAUAGCCUGCUGGGCAUGACACACACGGAGGCCGUGCGAGUGCUGCGGGCCGUGGGCGACUCGCUGGUCAUGCUGGUGUGCGAAGGCUUCGACCCGCGCAAAGUGCCCGCCGCCGAGGCUGUUCCCAACCAGGAGCCUUAUGCGUCUCCCGGCAUCAUCGCCAACCCUUUUGCGUCAGGCAUCGUCCGCAAGAACAGUAUGGAGAGCAUCUCUUCUAUAGACCGAGACCUGAGCCCUGAGGAGGUGGACAUCAUGCUAAAGGAGUCUGAGAUGGUGAGGGAGACGUCUGAGUGGGAGAAGGAAGAGAUGGAGAAAGUGGAGCGUAUGCGUUUGGAGCGAGAAGAGGCAACUCGCCUGCUUGAAGAAGAGACCGAGAAUAUCGGCACUGGACCUUUAAAACUGGACUACAAAACGCUGGCAGCGCUACCCACCACUAGCCUACAGAAGAUCAACCGAUUCUCUCCUUCUCUAAAUCCAACCGUCCCCAUGGAGGCCCCCUUGAAGGCCCACUACGGCGCCCCGUUAGAGCCUCUGGGCUGCAGCUUGAGCCACCCCCCAAACCCCCACGCGGAGCCAACAUCCUCCCCCAGUUUGUUCUCCUCCAAAGAAGACAGCGUCGGCUCGACGGCGACUCUGAAUUCAUUAGAGGAAGGCGAGGAGUCUCUGGUGGACUCGCAGCCCAUCUGCUUCAAGGAGAAUCCCUUUUUAGUGGCCAACCGCAAAGGCAAGGGUCUGCCACCCGGCCAGAAAAUCCUUUCGGGACCGCCGGUGGGCUACGGGAAGCAAGGCCAACUUCAGACUCGGUUGUUCAGCAAGACUCCUUCGUCUGAUUACGCCAGGACCGAGAGUCCAAUCAGAGAAACCUCCUACUCGCCGACCAUCCAGCCGCCCAGCCACCACUCUUCCGACAGCUCCCUGUGUUCUGGCAGGGAGACCCGCUUCGCAAGCAUUCAUUUCACCUCCACCCCCAACACCAAGGACAACACUUCACCCUCUACUCGACCGGGCGCCAUCCUGCCUGUCGGGCGCAUGCGGCCCAGCACCUCGCCGGCCACUCCGGACGGCUCCGGCCUCAGCCCCUUCCAGCAUGGCCCCUCCCCUUUCAACUCUCAAUCCUCUCCUCGCGGUCCCUCCCCCACCUCGCACUGCGAGUUGCCCAUGAACGCCAAGCAGGUGUACAAGGCGUUUGCCGCCGUGCCUCGCUCGCUGGCGGUGCAAGAGCCGGAGCAGGACUUGUAUGGUGUGAGGAACAAUUUCCAGAGGCCUUCUCCAGAGCCCGAGUCGAACGACGACGUGUUCGAGGAGGGGGUCAGCGGGUUCGUCAAAGCGGCGACCCGCUCCGCCCUCUCACCCGACCGUUGGAAGUAUACCAAUAUGGCCGCCGUGCCUCGCAUCCCCAGGCCGUCUCUGGACACGCAGAGUCCGUCACCCAGCGGCAAGGACAGCCCCGAGCAGCGCUCCUUCCGGGACCGGCAGAAGUACUUUGAGAUCGACGUGAAGCAGCAGACGCCCGAAAAGCCCAAACCUCGCAUCUCGCUCGUCGGUGAGGACGACCUCAAGAAGAUGAGGGAGGAAGAAGAGCGUAAAUUCGAGCAGCGAGCGCGUGAGUACCUGCUGGACGAAGAGGACGAGGACGACGAGGAGGACCUGGCCAAGCACGUGGCGCAGAUGAAGGCGACGGGCAAGGUGCUGCUGGACGGAGUCGAGUACGACGUGGAGCCCGUGUCGCGGCCAAGCUACGGCGCAAGUUCACGGCCUUCGUCAGUGGAAAGCAAAGGAGGCAUGGCAAGGAAUUCCUUGGAUGACAGUUUCAGACUGGCGCAGCGGCCCAAUUCCAUGACUGGUUUGACCCCUGCUUACACCUGUGACUCGGCGGCGGCGGCUCCCAUUCGCACUGCCAAAGCCGAGCGCCGGCACCAGGAGAGGCUCCGCAUGCAGAGUCCGGAACUGGCCGUGGCCGUGGACAAGGACCUCUCCCCCGCCGAGAAGCGAGCACUGGAGGCCGAGAAGAGAGCCAUGUGGAGAGCGGCACGGCCUUUAGACUUGGAGGACGAUGUUAGGCACUAUGAGCAGGACCUGGCCAAGAGGCUCUACCAGGCUCGAGUGAGGGCCUCUGACGGCACAUCAGCCCCUGCCUCCCAGCUCAGGAUGAAGUCUCUGGAGCAGGAUGCGCUCAAAGCUCAGAUGGUCAUCGCCAAGUCUCGGGACGGCAAGAAACGAAGCACCCUGGACCAGCUGGCUGAGUCGCCUUCGCCGGCGCCCACACCCUCACCGGCGCCCACGCCCUCGCCCACCCCGAUGGAAGAGCUCACCAGUCCUCGGAUGCUAACCUCUCCGGGCAGACUGUCCCUGUCAUCAAAGAGAUUUGACUACCGCCAGUUUGCCGCCAUUCCCUCUUCCAAACCAGCAUCCGACGUCCAGUCUCCUGACGCGGUGGACGACGUGCAGUUCACCGACGACGGCUCGCAGCAUCUGGACCCCACCGCCGGCCCGGAGGCCGAGGUCCCGGUGCCCGCCACCUCAGCCCUCGAGGAGAUGGCGCUGUACAGCAACAAACGCAAGCUGCGACAAGGGCGCCGCAGUUUGGAGACGGCUGUGCCCACGUAACACUGCACGUAAAACACAUCAGUACACACUACACAAGAAGAAGAAGAGUCCAUUUACAAGAGACCAGGAUAGAGGUCCCUCAUAUCCAGCCUUGCCUUCAGUCAUCAUGGAGACCACACUUCCUCCACGCUUCCUCCAGCCCAGCUAACAUUCUUUUGUUGGUGUUUUUAGCUUCUUCUUUUUUUUUUUUUUUUAAAUUAGCCUUCCAAAGACAAAAAAGAAGAAGUCCUAGCUGUAACAUGUGGAAAAAUAUUUUGACUAGAUUGUAAAAUGUUGUUUUUGGAGUGUAUAUAAUAGUAGAUGACAUCCUGCUACCUUCACACACACACACAGACUGUUGGGAGCUUAAGAAAAAAAAACAUAUCAUGCAUCAUUGUUGCACUGCCUUGCAGAUUUUUAACCAAGUAAUUUAUUGUUUUUAUGUAAUAAUUUUAGGCCCAAGUGAGGCUAUUUUAUGUAUGCAGCAAAAUUAGCUGGGCAUAUUGACACUACUUACAAAAAUGUGGGGAUAUUGGGCUUUUGGGUGGAAUCCUAAAAUGAAUCAAAAAUCCAUGAUAACAGUGCCUCUACAAAUUACAAUCAUUAAAAAACAGCACUGCAAAAAGCACCAUAUUUACCGACAUUAAAGUACAGUAGGCUAGAGGGACUAAGUGUUCAAAAAUAAAAUAAUAAGAGACACUGAAAAAUUAAACAUUUUGACAGCCAUAACUUUAUGUAACAUUAUGCACGUUUGAACAUUAACAUUACAGUUAAGGAUACAGAGAGAGAAAAAAAAGCCUAUUUCAACAAUGACUUGAUUAUAAUGUAAAGCAUGGAAUUUUAAAAUAAAAUUUUACCUGAAGAGAAAAUGUAUUUGGAAGUGGCCACUAACACAGGAAGUCAUAAAUGUUUCCGUUUUGCACCCCAAAUCCUGAUAUCCCGAUAUUAUUUUUAUCAUCAUCUGGGAGCCACAAAAAGUUGGGUGGUUUUUUUUUGUUUUUUGUUUUUACACACAAACGGUACUUUCCCUUCUUUGAACGUAAUUCUCUUUGACGUUCUAAUCAUCAUUGAAGUGUUCCGGUGUGAUGUGAAGGUAGCGGAUGCUUUAUUUUUCUGCCCGACGGGGCUAAUUUAAUAAUCUGACGACACUGAGAGAUCAUUUUUCUUAUCAUGGUGUGAAUAAUGUACAAAUAAAAAUGCGGGCGAGCUAGUGAAAACUGAGCCAAUGUGUUGACCAAUCGAGCAUCUGGGUUUGGACAGCACGCGGGUCACAUUUAUUUUGUUCAUUUUCAUGGGAGAGGUUCACUUACCAAAACAAAAUGAAAGAAGACCUUCCCUAAUGUCAUAUCAGCUUCUGCAUCGGACAUUCUGCAUCAUCAGCGUAUUGUUUAUUUGACAUUUUUAGGUGUUCUAAUUCUAGUGGUUCAAGUCAUGUUCAAGUUUGCUAAAAGCUCUUUCCAGUUUACCAUAGUUUUUAUUUUUUGUUUCCAUUUUUUUUUUUGUGUGUGUAUAUUUUCAACUUAAUUCAGUUGACUGGCUAGCACGUGUGCUAGUUUGUCCUGUUUGACUUGACGUAGUCGGACCGAAUGCUAUCUUAGUGCUGAACAAUGAUGGAAGAUUAAAUUAAUUCAAAUAUCAAAUGUUGUAGAGUUAUUAGUUACGCUUAUGUUUUAUACAUAAAUUUCAUUUGUGUAACUUGGAGAAAGAACGUAAGUCUCUUCUCUGUCCAGACCCAGCUGACAGGUUCCAUUGCACAGGGCUAAAAGGUGAAACAAAAAGCAAAUGUGCUCUCUGCUAUUCCUCUCUGUAAAGACAAAUCAGUGGUUUAAUUUUUUAUAAAUAAAAAUUUUAAAGUCAUGAA